AUGAGGGAGGUUGUAAGGAAAGAGAAAGCAGGGACGCGAAGAAGUGCUGAAGGCGUAGUGCAGACUAAGCCAAGCCGGAAAUUCUUCGGAGCUGGAGUCAUCACCAUCGGCAAAAUAAUUCACCGGUCCCCGAUGAACCUUCCAAGUAGCGUCUUCGUCAAUCGUUUGCCGAACUCGACAAGAGCAUCGUACAACUGGACAAAGGCUGUUAUUAACUUCAAUCUAAUAUUAGCUAAGUUGCCUCACGAAAAACUGCGCGGCCAACCAAGCAUGUAUGCGCCAUCUCUCUUAAAAUGUACACGCAUCCGUGGCUCGAUGAGACAACAGCGGAUUUCGGCGCUUGAGGGCGACGUGAUGAUAUGUCUCCAUGUUUCAAAUAAUGGCUGUGUCAAAGCUGGUUUCGACGUUAGGAAUCCGUUGGCUGACUACACAAGUGCUGGAGCCGUGUCUUAG